CCCCAAAUGUCCAGGAUCAAACAGAGCCUCCUUUUCCCAUACCAUAAUUACCUGUUCUUUUUAGACUUCAAACGCUACAAUGGCUGCUAGUCUGCUACGCACAUGAAUCCAUGGUUAUUCUUAUGGAGAAGUGUACCAGCACUAUUUCGAACGCCACACACUUAGCUGCUGGCCUUUUUAUUUGCAUUCUUGUAUCCAUUGUAUCACGUUAGGGCUUCCUACAGAGGUGGCGAAGAUCUUCGUUCUCAAGUAAACUUCAUUUUAAUUACGACAUCAGGUACUGGAGAUUAGUAUUUUUAUGUUUGAAGUGAAGUAAGAAGUGCAAUUCCACUAUUUCAGAGAAUGCCUCUGAAAAAGAAAUACAGUGGCACUCCAGUGAAAAGGAAUUAUCAUCAAGAUAUCAUCAGCAACCUCCCCCAGAGCCUAAGAGAAACCAUCUUAAUUCACCUGCCUCUUCGAGAUGCUGUAAGGACGAGUGUGCUCUCAAGUAAGUGGAGGUACACGUGGACUAAAGUUCCGCAUCUUUGUUUUGAUGAGACAAUCUUGCGGGGAUCAAGCGGGGGUGACCAAUUGGAGUUUCAAAAUAAAUAUGUUAGGCAGAUACUCCAUGUUUUGCUGCAACAUGGAGGUCCUAUAACCACGUUUGUGCUUGCAAUUCCUGAGCUUGAAAUCUUCCCUGAGAUGGACAGCUUGAUGUUUUUCUUGUCCAAAAGUGAUGUUGAGAAUCUCACAGUUGUAUUUACAUCUAGCCAUUACAAACUUCCUUCAACAUUUUUCAAGUAACAGAGAUUAAAAUAUAUGGCCCUUAUGUCCUGUUUGGUUCAUCCACCUUCUGACUUCAUUGGAUUUAGUCAGCUUCUCACCAUUGAAAUGUUCAAUGUAGACAUUAGUUCAAAACAACUUCAAAGCAUCAUUGCUUGUUGCCCCCUGCUUGAAUACUUGAGGCUAGAAAUGUCAUCCAUACAUGAAUCCCUUGAGAUUCAGGCUCCUAGACUUCAUUACUUUAAAUUUAAAAGUAAAGUGAAAUACGUUUGUUUCAAGAACACCCCACUUCUCGAGAAGGUUGUAAUUUGUAACAAUUCACUUAUUCAAACAGAGGAAGAAAGUUCUUUACACAUGGAAUCUAAUCUUAUUGAGCUUUUCAGAUCUCUACCAGCACUUAGAGUUCUACAUUUUGACAAUCACUUCAUUCAGGUAUGAGAGAUUAGACAUUUAUUCUUGAUAGUACUGGAAGUGUGAUGGUGAUGAUGAUGAUGAUGAGUACUGGAAGUGUGAUCUUGCGUGUUUGCUCUUGUAGGUCUGACAGUGAUUUUUUGUUAGAACUUGGGUUUGUAUUGGGCCAUUAGAAUUAAAAUAUGCCCAACUGACAUUAAAUGUGUCUCAUAUAGCAUCAAGAUGGCUGUUUUUGCUUAUAUAUUUUCCUUAUUUGGAUCAUAUGUUUCUCCAAAAGGUUGACUCCCCAACCUUAAGAACCCCUACGCUCCGACCCAACAGAGCAUUUGGGAGGAUGUAAAUCAUAGUGACUCAAGUUGAGUCACUAUGAUUUACAUCCAUAUGUGGCACGACUGGAUGUGGUAACUAUUAUUGUUGACACUUGAUACACUACCAUUUCCACUUUUACAACCAUAAAAACAUGCGCCACCACUGCCUCCAGCAACAAAAGUGCCGCCAAUCGCCAGUUACCAACCACAAGUUAUUUUCAUUCUUAUAUGUAGUUAAAUCAAUUUGUGAUGAAAAUUGAUUACCUCCAUUGUGCCAGUUGCUGUUGUCAGUCACUGUUGUUUUGCACCUUUAUGCAUAUAAAUUUAACUUUGGGAGAAAAUCUAUUAACUACAUUAAGAAAUUAUUGUGUAUUAAAACUUUCAAGUACAACACUACAAAUCUAUAUUGAUUAGUUUAAAAAAAUUAGUGGCUAGAAACGUUGUUAAAUGUUAGUUACUAAUUGAUAUAGUGAAGUUAGUAAAUUGUUUACAUUAUAUAUUUUUGCCCAAACUUAAUAAACUCUAUUUGCAUUGAUGUAAAAAAAUAGUCUCCUACGACAACCCUGAAGGUAAUACAUCGUCGUCUAGGAUUGAUUUAUCAAUACAUUGGUAUGCAAAAAAUGACAAUCUAAAAAACUGGUGGUAAGUGACUGGCGGCCCACAACUGCACUUACGCUGAUUGCUACUAUAGAAACGGUUGCGCAUGAGUGGUAAUCUUCACUAUACUAGAUUAAUAGUGCCACAUUAGAUGUAUAUAGCAAAAAAGUCGUGUCAGCAAAAAAGUACAAACGUGCCCUACCACAAAGUACCUUUGUAUACUCUUAUUUUAUGUUAAACUCACAUGUUAUAUGAGUUUUGGAGACUGAUACAGAACCGUGCUUUCUUUGCAGCAAUUGAAGUUUUUAGCUGCAAGUGGAGUACUAAAAAGGCCUAGUCUAACCGCUGUGCACCUUAACACUCUUAAACUUCGGAAAAUAUGUUUAGAAAAAAUUGGGGAAAUGUUGUGUGUACUAUUCAUUGUUAGAAUCUCACCAAACUUGCAAGACAUCAUCAUUCGACUAUUUAAGUCUACUGGUGCUGCUGACCAAAAUCCUUCUCUCGAGUCACUGGAUGUUGAAGAAUACUCAGAUGUGAAACUAGAUCAGCUGAGGAGGGUGAAGUUGGAAGGUUUUACUGGUACAAGGAACCAAAUGGCACUUGCAAAGCUUCUUUUAACUAAAUCUCCAGGGCUUGUGAAAAUGAUAAUCAAACCCAAUGCCGAAGGAUGCGAUGAAAGACAAGGGUUUCUGAUACUAAAAGAGCUUAUACGACUGCAGCGACCAUCAGCAGUUGCAAAGAUUAUCUAUGGAUAGGUGUCAAUAUGACGAGUUCAGAGAAUGUGCUAAUGAAGAAUGAUUGAUAAAUUUGUAUGUCAUAGUUAUUUCUCAAGGGCAGCUGCAUGUUGUAAUGUCCUUUCUUGGUUGUGCUUGCGAAUUAAAGCUGCUUGCUUUAUUGACGCAACCAACCUAUUAUUUUCUUAGGGAACUUGAUCAUAUAUUGCUUCAGCUGUUACUCUGCUAGUACAUCUCCUUCUAGUGUUUUAAUGUCUGAGAAUAGAUCACCAAAGAUAGAUGUUUUUGUUUUUGUUUUUGUCUUCAAAAAUAAAUCUUUGAGAAUGAUAGCAAUUGUUGUAAUAUUCUGUGCACAUUGCUCCAGAUUAAUGAUCACAAAACGUAAUUGUAAUUAGCUUU